AUGCCGUUAUUCCCCAUGACCACAGAUCCAAGGCGAGAAAUACCCCAAGCUGAGAAGCAGACACAUACCCACGGCCCACGGCCCACGAACCCACCAGCAUCCAUACAGAUCAAAAACAGACGAAAGCGCUAUCUAGAACUACAUCCCGAAUACUUCUCUCCAUCCCUAGAACUAGCCGACCCCCUCCUCUACGACCGACUAAUACGCCGCUUCCAAACAGCCAGCGAGCGCGAAGCAGAGGGCCGAGCAAAGGGCCACUCCGGCAUGCUAGAAGCAGACCUAGAGCGCGCAGAAGCUAAAAUGGACGCACUAGCUAACCCGGCCACGGGCUCGUUACUUACAUACAGCCGUGGUCCUAAUGGCGAGAUACUAGCCGAAGACGCAGAUGAGAUACCGACUUCCAAAGCGGAGGGGGAAGAGAGAUGGCGGUACGAGAUGGAGAUGAGGUUUGUGAAGGGUGCAGAUGAUCAGUUCGAGUAUGGUGAUGUGGAUGGGUGUGAGGAGUAUGAUGAUAUGAGCGAGGAGCAGGAGAGGUAUUUUGACGAGCAGGAGCCGGAGUGGAUUGUUGAUGAUGCGGGAGGAGGAAGGGGGGAGUUGGCGUUGACGGGGGAGACGGGGGUUCAGGAUUUUUAG